AUGAAUGUUCCAUGGAAAUUUUCAACAAGUCGAAGAUUUAGUAAAUUAUUUUCAUCAAAAUUGGAAAUACCUUAUUUUUUUAAAAAUGAUUCUGAAAUUUUAAUAAAAGAAAAAAAAAGAUAUCCAUGUGAAGAGGUUAUCAAAAAGGAGAAUGAAAAGGAAAGAGAAUAUGCAAUAAUAAAUAAUAUAAAUUAUAUGCAAGAAUUUGAUUUUUAUGAUAGACUUAUAAAAACAUAUGUUGACGUUAUUUUUAAUUAUUCAAAAUAUCCACUACAUAUUCAGCACUUGCAUAUCUUUGGGCGAAAUAUUUUAAAGGAAAAAGUUAAUAAUGUUAAAAAAAGUAGAGAUCAUAAAAAUAUGAUAUUUGAGACAGAACAAGAUAAUUUAAACGAUCUAAAUAAAUAUAUUUCAGAACUAAAUGAUACAUUAUUUGAUAAUAAUAAAAAAGAAAAAAAAAUUUAUACAAACAACCAAAUUGAUUAUAUAAUUUCAAGGGUAAAAGAAUUUUAUAAUUAUAAAAAUGUUAUAUAUGCUUUGUUUAAUUUAGAGAAUAAUAAGAUAAUUUUUAAUUAUACUGAAAAUUUAUUAAUAAAAGAUUUACAACAUUGUUUUGUUAACUCGAAUAUAAAUAAUAAUAGAAAAAUAUAUAAAUAUAUAAAUAAAAAUGGAAAAGAUAAUGUCUAUAUUUAUAUAUUAGAAUUUUCUCAAAAUAUAAAUAUUUUAAAAAAUAGAUUUGAACUUAUUAAAAAAUUAUUUUAUCCAUAUAAUACUAAAAAAAUAAUGUGA